CAUCUACCGAAAACCGCAAAAGACUUCAGGUAGUUAGUUUUAUUUCCGUUUCCUCUGCAACUAACAUUUUUUAUACUGUGCCUCGUUUCCAAAGUAAAAGGUAAUUUAAUUAAGUAUGGGUUAUUAUAAAUACACCCAAGAGUUAUGGAAAAAAAAGCAAUCAGAUGUGAUGCUUUUCCUUCUCCGGUUGAGAACAUGGGAAUUCCGUCAACAACGUGUUAUUGUUAGAGUUCCAAGACCAACACGACCUGAAAAAGCUCGACGAGUAGGUUUUAAAAGUAAACAAGGUUUCGUUAUCUACAGAGUAAGAGUUCGACGAGGUUGCAGAAAAAAGCAAGUACCAAAAGGAGCUACCUAUGGUAAACCCAAAAAUCAUGGUGUAAACCAAUUGAAGCAUAAGAGAAAUCUUCAAGCUAUUGCCGAAACACGUAUUGGUAAGCGUGUUGCAAAGGCUCUCAGAGUUCUUGGUUCUUAUUGGGUUGGACAAGACUCAACAUUCAAAUUCUACGAGGUUAUUUGUAUUGAUCCUCACCAUAAGGCUAUUCGACGUGAUCCUAAGGUUAACUGGAUCUGUGAUCCUGUUCAUAAGCACAGAGAAUGUCGUGGUCUUACUAGUGCUGGUAAGAAGCACAGAGGUUUGAGAGGACGCGGUCACGGAUUCGCCAAGACUAUUGGUGGCUCAAAAUCAGCAUCUUGGAAGCGACGAAACACUUUACAAUUACACCGAAAACGAUAAAAUUGUUAACUUUAUUAACAACUAUAACGCUAAUUCAAUAAAUGAAGUUAAAAACUCUCAGAACUUCAACCUUAUUUAA